UCGGAUGAGAGACAAAUCAUCUUGGGACCACCUUUAACCAAGUCAAGUUGCCCUUAAAUUUAACGUUCCUUAGUACUAAGAGAGUUUGGGGGGGGCAUUUCAAUGAUUUCUAAUCAACUCUUUUUGUUCCUUUUUCAGUGUCAGGAAAUUUUACAUUUCACACCUAAACUGCUGAUUGAGUCUGGAAAGACUUCAUACAGGUUCAGGUGUCCUGGUCCAGGUGGGUUCCAGUGUGCUUUGACUGGACUGGUGUUUGUUACGACUCAGGAGGCGGAGCUGCUGUACAACACUGUCCAAUGGGACGAGAGCCUCCUCCAAUCAGCUGGCAGGAUGGCUGCAGGGCCGCUGUACGACAUCAAGUGUUCAGAGGAGGCUGCUGUCUGUCAGCUCCACCUUCCACACUGUGAAAUCAUAGAUGCUCCUCUACCUGAUGGCCUGUUGUCUGUCGUCCACAUCACUGAUGAUGGGAUGAGCAUCCUGGAGCCGCUGGAGAUUACUGACACUCACGUGGUUGUAAAUGUCCCUCACCUCUCUAUGCUCGGCCUGAUCUGGGAUGUUGUUAAAAGGUUGUGGACGAAACCUGUCAGCAGCCAAGUUCUGCUGUUCCUCAGACCACCACACCCAACGACACAGAGGCAAAACCUCAACAUGCUUCUCCUGCCGAGAAACAUCGCUCUGAACGAGGUGAGCGAACAACAUCAAGAAUCUAGAAACAUCCAGGUUCCUGCCACAUGUAGACUCAUCCAAGGUCAAAGUUACACCGUCCAAUGUCCUCAGGCCGUUAAAAUACAGCCCAAGAAAGCAGAUUUUGAGGUGGAGUUUGGACCAAACUACCACCCAACGUUUGAGAUCCGCCUGUCUAUAAACACACCAGAAGUGACUUUAAUAGUCCAAGUCGAAGGACAGAGCGUCUGGGAGCAUGAAGUGGAACUGAUUGCUCCAAAAACCAAAAUCACAGUAUCAGCAGAGGAACGAGAAAGGGAAAAUGACAGAAAGAAGGCAGCCUGGAUAAAGCUAUCCAUGACAGCAGAGGUGUUGAACACUCUGGAGGAUCUCAGAGAAGAGGAGUUUGAGAAAUUCAAGUGGUUCCUGACGAACAGUGAACACGUGAAAAACACACCCAUCCCAGUGAGCAAGCUGGAGAAUGCAAACAGGAUAAAAACCUAUGACCUGAUGAUGCAGUACUUCUCAGCGAAUGGAGCUGUGGAGGUGUCCAAACAGAUCUUAAAGGAUAUACCCAGGAAUGAUCUGGUGGAGAGAUUGACAGCCAUCCCAGAAAUACCAGCUCCAAAACCCCAAAUCCCAGACCCAGCAGUUCUAGAGAAUUAA